AUUCAAAUAAAUUGAAUUAAUGAAUGAAUAAAAAUUAAGAGAAAUGAUGAAGAUUUAUACUGUUUCGAAAUAGGUGAACAGAAAGGCUGAAAAGAAUUUUAUCAAAUUUUCUAGUUAAUAUUAUAAAUUGCAUAAGAAUGAGAUGACUGCUGAUUUAUUGAGUGAAGUCAACUCUCUAAGAACAUAAAUAAAGUCGGAUAGGGUAGGAUUUUCUAAUUAAAAUUCUCCUUAAGUAAGUCCUCGUAUUACAACUAAUUCAUAGUUCAAUUGUAAAUAAUGUAUUUAAAUUAUUAUAGUCAAAGAGGAGAGGUAAAAACUAAAUUCUAUCUAUUCAGAGGACAGAAAUUAAGAAAUCUAUAAUCUUUACAUUGAAGAAAUAAGCGAUUUAAAAUAAUGUUAGAAUAUUAGUUAUUUCUAGAACUAAAUAUGGCGAAUUCCAUAAUAAAAUAAUAAUAAAAUGAAUACGAUAAAAAGAUAGUAGGUAAUAUUUAUGAUUAAAGAAAGAUUUAAAUAUCAAAUUAGAAUCUGAGAAAGCAAAAGUAAUAGAUCUCACUUAAUAAGUAUUGAAGUGAAUAAAUUAGAUUAAAGACUUGAAGAGUAAUUAAUUCUAAAAAUAAACUAUGUCUAUAGUAAAUUGUAGCUUUGAUUAAAGGAAAUCUACUUUGAAUAUAGAAAAAGAGCAAAGUCGAGAAUUAUUCAAGUCUGAAAUUUGUAGAGCCCUAGAGAAAUACAAUAAUAAGUAAGAUUUGUGUAAAGAGAAUAAAUGAAUAAAAAGAUUUAUUGGUUUCAAUUUGUGUUGUUUGUAUGAUUAUAACUAAAUUAAUGUGGC